CUUCAUGGGGCACAAGCUCAGCUUCUCAUCCAUGGUAUACUUCCCGUAUAUGGACUACAAGCUCAGUCGCAGUGACCCAGCCACCACAGUCACGCUCCUGGACUCUCUCAACGUCCGAAUGAUCUACGACUUUGCCACAAGACUCAACAUCAGUUUUGAUGUUCGUGAGCAGCCUGAGCGCUCUUGGGGUGUGGAGAGAGGUGGCAAGUUCACAGGAAUGGUGGGAGAGCUCCAGGGGGAAAAGGUGGACGUCGGUGCGCCCAUGGGACCCCUUGCGGAGCGCCUCAACGCCAUGGACUUCGUCAACGUUUAUAAGGUUGAUUUUAUGAAAAUUCUGUCUCUGAAGCCCACUCUGCUACCGGAAUAUUUAUCGCUGAUAAGACCUUUCUCAGUUACUGCAAAAUUUGUCAACCAAUCCAUUGAUACACGUUCCCAAGGAGCUUUAGUCUCUGGGUACACACAAAGAUUUUUAUUCAUGAACAAAGGAAUUAAUGGUUGA